CAGCGAGUUCCUUUACUGCUACUCUACCAGGUCCCAGCCCAGCCUGGCAGGGAGCUCCCGUUUCUGCUCCUCCACUGGCCCUGUGGGAUUGACAUGGCCCAGGAGCGUUCUGCCUGCACCCUGGACCUCAAGCACAUCCAGCAGCUGGUGCUAUCCUCCCAGGAGGCCAAGAAGGCUGCUUACUGCCCCUACAGCCACUUCCCCGUGGGGGCUGCCCUCCUCACCAGGUCCGGGAGGAUCUUCUCAGGGUGCAACGUAGAGAACGCCUGCUACCCCCUGGGCAUCUGUGCUGAACGGACUGCUAUCCAGAAGGCCGUCUCAGAAGGGGAGAAAGAUUUCAGGGCCAUUGCUAUUGCCAGUGACGUGAAAGAUGAUUUUAUCUCGCCAUGCGGGGCUUGCAGGCAAGUCAUGAGAGAGUUUGGCACCAACUGGGCCGUGUACAUGACCAAGCCGGAUGGUACCUAUGUCGUCAGGACAGUCCAGGAGCUGCUGCCUGCCUCCUUCGGGCCCGAAGACCUCCAGAAGACCCAGUGAAGGAUGGAGCACGCCCACCACCUGGGAGAGCCUGGGUUCAUUCGCGCAUGUGCUUAAGGGAACAGCUGCCCAGAGGACAUCAUGAUCACGGUCUCACAGACCUGGGGACAAAUGCCAAAUGGUCCCCAACCCUACAGGGGCUUCCUUGCAACUUCCUUGCAACCCACCUUGUCCUUCCUCUCCUUCCUGUGGGUCCUCUUUAAAACUCCAGCCAAGUCUGAACUGUUUCCCCAUUAGCCUUCCUGAGUGUCUAUCCUGCUCUGAGCGACUUUUCUAAUUAUAAACAUGCCAGAACAUCCUGACUCGGGAGAGUGUGUUUUGCUC